AUGGGUAGAGACCCAUCCAAGCGAAAUAUGAGUCUUUACUACCACUAUCAUCAAGAUAGAGGACAUACAAAUGAGGAUUGUAGAACCUUGCGUGACCACUUGGGUCAGUUGGUGAAGGCUAGGAAGUUAAAGCAAUUCUUGCAUCAGCUAGGGGGGCAAGUAGGACGACCUGAGGAUGCAUAUCAAAGAGACAGAGUUCCUCGACUAGCCCUGGGUACGAUUAAUGUGUUUGCUACGCCUAGGGGCAAUGCUAGUUCAUGUUCGGGAGUUAUGUCUGUAGCUUCAAAUUCAAAAUUGGGGGAUCUGUCUCAAAUGUCUAAAAGGGCCAAAGUGAUGGCAGUACCAACACUAGGUUUCUUAGAGGAGGAUAAAGGGGGAACAUUCCAACACCAUGAUGAUGCCUUAGUGGUGACCAUUCGGAUCACCGAAUAUAAUGUGAGAAAGUCUUUGUGGACCAAGGAAGUGGGGCUGAGAUCAUGUACUCGGAUUUGUAUAAGGGGUUGA